AAGCAGAUGUGUGCAAUUUGUUAAAAUGUUCUGUUGGUUUUUUAUGCUACAUUCAUUAGCUAGUUUUUGCGCUGAAGGCUUCCCGACUAACAGUUCCGAUGACUUUGGAUACGAGCUACUCUUGGCUAAGAUGGACUUUCUGGAGUACAAAUUCUUGGAGAUGCAAGUGGAAAUGAAAGAACAUAGUGAAGCCAUUUUAUACAACCAAAAUAGGAACAAACAAGAUGUUCUCGAUCAAACUAGUGACAUUUUAGAGCAGCAAAAAAUGACUGCAAAUCAUGACGCCAUCAAGCAGUCAAUCUUUGAGCUGCGACCAAAAAAGCACCCCUCUGACAAUAGCAAACUUGUGGAAGUUUUGAUUAAAGGAAAAGCUGUGCAGUCUCAAAAAUCGGAAACAAUAGCUUCUUGCGAGGACGAGCAAACGAAACAGUCCGGGCUGUAUUCGCUGUCGGUGGAAAAUUCAACUGCGUUUCAAGUGUACUGCGAACAGCGGCUCCAGGGUGGAGGCUGGAUCGUGAUUCAGAAUCGAUUCGAUGGGUCGGUUGAUUUUUACCGGAAUUGGGUCGACUACAAGGAGGGGUUUGGCAAUUUGAGUGGGGAGUUCUGGAUGGGAUUGGAGAAAAUUCAUCUGCUAACAUCACAAAAACCAAGAAUGUUGUUAGUCUAUUUGGAAGACUUUGGAGGAAUUUCUAAAUUUGCCGUAUACGAUAACUUUGAAGUUGGUUCCGAAAAUGAAAAGUAUAUACUAAAAAACGUCCUAAGACUUUAUGGAACAUUGGAUGAUUCCUUGGUGAUUCAUAAGGAAAGUACUUUUACGACUCGAGAUGUUGAUUUUACUCUAUGUGUUGAUAAAUAUUUUGGAGCUUGGUGGAAUUCUAAAAAGUGUUAUUACAGCAACUUGAACGGUCCAUAUUUAACUAUAAAAGCCGACGAUACAAAAUCAAUGAAUUGGCAUGGGUUUUCCAAUAAACAUGAAAAUUUAAAGAUUUCAAGAAUGAUGAUUAAAUAAUCGCAUUUAUUAUAUCUAAGCAAGGUUUUUUUGAGCUAGAAAAAAAAGGUGACCUAAUUAGUCAUAUCUCUCUGCUUAUUGUUUUAAGUCUAUAAACUCUUUGUGUUGAGUCGUUACAUAAAUAUAGAACGAGUUCGAAGCAAAAUAAGAAAAAA